UCUAACCUUAUAGUAAUUUGGCUUGUGCUUCCACUUCUUCUACAAUUACUUGUACGCCAAGCCAUCAUCAAACGCGUCAAGUGUAAGCAAGCAGCGGCAAAACAAAUACCCAUAAUCUUAUAAACUGCAUAAUCAGCGGUUUGCCACACGUAGAUUUUGUUACAGCGUCUAAAUUAAUACUGCAUUACACCUUUGUGCGAGCAUUGCAUGAAGAAUUUCUUGACAUAAUGGCGGAACCACAACUUCCAAGGAAAAUGACAGAAUCAGAGUUUGUUGUGGAAAAAAUACUUGACAAACGCCUCAAUGACAAAUGCGUCGUUGAAUACCUAUUAAAAUGGGAAGGCUUUGAAGAUAAAGACAAUACCUGGGAGCCAGAGAAAAAUCUCACCUGCCCUGGAAUGAUUCAGGCUUUUGAAGUGGAGUAUGCGAAGAAUGAAGAGGAGAAGACCCGGAAGAGGAAACAUGCAGGCACGCCGACUGCGGAAGCCAAAGCCAGCAAGAAGGAGAAAGGUUCAUGGUUUGACAAGGGCUACACGCCUGUGAAGAUUAUUGGUGCUACAGAUAGUUCAGGGCCGUUAAUGUUCCUGAUGAAAUGGGCAGGUAGAGAUGAAGCUGAUCUCGUGCCAGCUUCCCAGGCGAACAUCAAAUGCCCGCAGAUUGUUAUCAAAUUCUACGAGGAGCGACUGACGUGGCAUUCGCCAAAUGGCACCGACUAAACAAGCACACACGCGAUUACCAUUUAACAAGAUAUUAAUAUUAAUUUUAAUCAGACGUAUCUAUUCAUGCGGACGUUGUGCGUUCCAUAAUAAUUAAAUAUUGUUUCAUUUUUGUAUUGAUAUAAGAAUAUUGAUUUAAAUUUAACUGCUGGGCGUUGUGUUCUAUGUUAAUUGAACAUAUUUAGAGGUAGCAAGUCCUAUUACGGACAUUACAUUGAAAUAAAUCCAACCUGUACGUUUCCAAGGAAAGUAUAUUAAUUUUUGACAUUUAUAUUGUGAAAAUACGUUUUCAAUAAAGCAGAGAUCUCUUAUGUGGGGGAAUUCUUCCAUAGAGGCUUUACUGAUUA